AUGACGAAUCACACUCAUAUCGUUGCCUUCGAAAACUCGGAAAUUUCCUGGCCACGUUCGCUUCGCUUUUGGCUUUUGUUAAUCUUCGAUAUUCCAUCAAUCAUCUGCUCACUAUUUGUCCUUUACCAUUUACUAUUCAAUAAACACUCGCGUUAUGCUCUUCAUAAUCACACUGUUAUACUUUUACUGAUCAUCGCACUUUGCUUUCAAUUAACUGAUAUUCCAUGGUACCUAGAUUUCAUUCUACAAGGUUCAGUUCGACCAAAACUACCCAUUCGUUGUCUCCUAUGGUGGUUGGUCGAUUUGGGGUUCUAUAACACAGCUGCGCUGAUUCUUAGUUGGACAUCUAUUGAACGACACAUUCUCGUCUUUCACGAUCGAUGGAUUUCAACACGAAAUAAGCGAUUCUUUGUUCAUUAUCUUCCUCUAUGUCUGCUCUCAUUAUAUUCAACGAUUUAUUAUACUUUUGUUAUAUUUUUUCCUCCAUGUCAACACAAUUACACUUAUACGUUACCUGUGUGUGCUGCUUCACCAUGCCAUCUCUUCCAUCCCCUGCUAGGUUUAUGGGAAAUGGGUGUGCACGGAUGUUUAACAACGAUCAUCGUCGCAGUUUUUAGUUUGACGCUGCUAAUUCGUGUAAUACGUCAUAAACAUCGACGUCAUCGAAUGUUUCAUUGGAAACAGUACCGAAAAAUGAUUAUUCAACUAUUAUCGAUUUCUGCACUUUAUCUACUAUUGAAUUUCCCCAUUAUGAUUCUAUCAGUCGCACAUCUGUGCGGUUUACCUGCUGACAUUGGCGUUCAAGCUCAACAGAUAACGUUUUUUCUCACUUAUUGGGUCAUGUUUCUUUUACCUUUCGUGACUUUAUCUUCAUUACCAAGUUUACGAAAGAAAAUCUAUAUGUUCGUUCUUCUUAAACGGCAACGUCGAAGUACGGUUACCAUAACCAUGCGGCGAAUGAUCAGUUUAGACAAAAAUGCUUUGACGGACUGUACAUAUAACAAGUCAUGCUCAUGA